UCUCGCGGUGACAGGCUUUGGAGCAGCUGGCCAGCCUCGUUGUCGCUCUCCAUCAUCCUAUGCUCGUAGCACGCACCGUCGCCAAACGGGAGUGCACGGGAACGGGAUAGAGGCUCAUACUAACGGAUAUAUCUGAAUAUUUUCAAGAGAUUGGACAGAACUGAUUUAGGGUCAACGGCAUGGUCGAGCGAACAGCAUUUCUGUUGUUAUGGGUGGCGACCUUGACGCUGACAUCGGAGGUGCCAUCUGAUGACUCAGUGGCUCUGCUAGCGGAGCCUCAGGUGGCCAUGUUCUGUGGGAAGCUCAACAUGCACGUCAACAUCCAGAGUGGCAAGUGGGAGCCGGACCCCUCCGGCACCAAGAGCUGCAUCGGAACCAAGGAGGGCAUCCUGCAGUACUGCCAGGAGGUGUACCCUGAGCUCCAGAGCACAAACGUGGUGGAGGCCAACCAGCCAGUCAGCAUCCAUAACUGGUGCAAAAAGGGACGCAAGCAGUGUCGCAGUCACACACACAUCGUGGUGCCCUACCGCUGCCUGGUUGGGGAGUUUGUGAGUGAUGCGCUGCUGGUUCCUGAUAAGUGCAAGUUCCUGCACCAGGAGAGAAUGGACAUGUGUGAGAGCCAUCUGCACUGGCACACCGUGGCUAAAGAGUCCUGUGGAGACCGCACCAUGAAUCUCCAUGACUACGGCAUGCUGUUGCCAUGUGGCAUCGACCUUUUCCGAGGGGUGGAGUUUGUGUGUUGCCCGGCAGACACGCAUCGCGAGUCAGAGAGCGUCGAGCUGACUGAGUCUGACGUGUGGUGGGGCGGAGCCGAGACUGAAUACACCGAUAACGGCAUGCUUCACCAGGCGGAUCAGGGGGCUGCCACCACUGAGGAUGAUGAGGAUGCCUUCGAUAGGGACGAGGACGGUGACGGUGAUGAGGAUGAAGAUGAUGUGACUGACAAACGGGACAGUGGUGAACGCACCUCCAACAUCGCCAUGACAACUACCACCCCGACCACCACUGAGUCGGUUGAGGAAGUUGUCAGAGUGCCCACCACGGCCCCUCCCCCCCCUGACGCAGUGGACCAUUACUUGGAGUCUACCGGAGACGACAACGAACACGCCGACUUCCAGAAGGCCAAGGAGAGUCUGGAGGCCAAGCACCGCGAGAGGAUGUCCCAGGUGAUGAGAGAGUGGGAGGCGGCAGAGAGACAGGCCAAGAGUCUCCCUCACGCUGACAAGAAGGCUGUCAUUCAGCACUUCCAGGAGAAGGUGGAGGCCCUGGAGCAGGAGGCAGCAGGAGAGAGACAGCAGCUGGUUGAGACCCACAUGGCCCGGGUGGAGGCCCUGCUCAACAGCUGCCGUCGCAUGGCCCUGGAUAACUACCUUAGCGCCCUGCAGGCCAACCCACCCAGGCCUCGUCAGGUGCUGGGCCUUUUGAAGAAGUAUGUCCGUGCAGAGCAGAAGGACAGACAACACACCCUGAAACACUACGAACACGUCCGCAUGGUCGACCCCAAGAAGGCUGCUCAGAUCCGACCCCAGGUGAUGACCCACCUGCUUGCGAUUGACGAGAGGAUGAACCAAUCUCUGGGGCUGCUCUUCAAAGUGCCCAGCAUGGCCAACAAAAUCCAAGACCAAGUUUCGAUCCUGAUGCAGAGGGUUCAGUCAGAGCUGUCUCAGCAAGUCUCAUCUCUGCAGAGUGAUGAGAGGACUGAUGUCAGGGUGAGCUAUGGGAACGAUGCCCUGAUGCCUGACCAGGCCUACAGCUCUGCCCCUCUGGACCCUGGCAUGGGCCUGGACAGACUCGGCUUCAUCCACCCAGAGAGUUUCAACCAACCCAACACCGACAACCAUGUUGAGCCUGUUGACGCUCGUCCAGUUCCAGAUAGAGGUCUGCCCACUCGGCCUGUCUCUGCUCUGAGGCCUGAGGAGUUCCCUGAGGUGCGGAUGGAGAAAGGAGAGCAGCAAAGCGCCAGCUAUGAAGUGCAUCAUCAAAAAUUGGUGUUCUUUGCUGAGGAUGUUGGCUCCAACAAGGGUGCCAUCAUUGGGCUGAUGGUGGGUGGGGUUAUCAUAGCGACAGUCAUCGUCAUCACUCUGAUCAUGCUGAGGAAGAAGCAGUACACCUCCAUCCAUCACGGAGUCAUCGAGGUGGAUGCUGCAGUGACCCCAGAGGAGCGACACCUGUCCAAGAUGCAGCAGAACGGUUAUGAGAACCCCACCUACAAGUUCUUCGAACAGAUGCAGAACUAAGGAGCUACUCUUUGAUCCCUCACUGACCCUGAACCCUCCUUAACCCCUCACACCUAGGCCCCGUUGCAUAUUGGUCCCUAAACCCUUCUCCUAGCUCCUACUCUUAUUUUCAAUGGAUCUUAAAGGACUUGAUAGGUGAAACCAGUAUGACUGAAGCUCCACGUAAAUAUAUUGGGUUAGAAAGAGCCGUGGUCAUAUUACUUAUAGCCACCCAGGGGUAGUGAAGGCCAAGGGGCUAGGAGCCAAAAUGGAACCAAGCCACACACUCUCCAUCCCUUCCUCGUAGAGUGCAGCACAUCAACAUCCAUAGCUGCCAUUAGUCAGACAAGGGUAUCCUUCUUCACCUACACAUUUUUAGCCAAUCACAGAUGAGAUCCCGUAGCGUUUGUACAGAAUAGAGAAACACAUUGAUUUAUCUGUCCAUGUAUCUGUGGGUUGGUUGGCCCUCCCCCAUAGUACAGCACUCACAUCUCUAAGAGGGCUAAACAGAGGCCUCAUAUACACCUGUAAUCUUCCUCGCUCUGAAGCACUCUCCUCUCCCCCUCCAUCUCUCCUACGCACUCCUCUCCCACUGCUCCUCUCAGAUGACGGCUGUGCUGUUUUUGGUGAUGACAUAACAGCUCUUAGUGCUAGCGAAGGGAGGAUGGGCUCAGUCUACCCUGAGCUCCUCUCUGCAGGAUUAUAUCCCAAGAGUUUCAGGUUUGUUUUUCAGGUAAAACAUAUAUACAAAAAAUAUACACUGCUCAAAAAAAUAAAGGGAACACUAAAAUAACACAGCCUAGAUCUGAAUGAAUGAAAUUUUCUUA